AACACAUCAAAUCCUCCAAUACUGCAAAUACAAACGUUCUCAUCAAAUAAACUCCAUACAACAAGUAACUUACUAUACAUGCUACUUCCUACACAACACGAGUCUUGCUAAUGAUAGAGAAUAUGGCCUAUCAACCAAUCUACACGCACUGGAUCAGCAAGGAUGUUGUGAGCAGUCAGAGCAGACUUGAAGCUGCAUGUGAGGCUAUCUUUCCCCGGGACGGUAGCGGAAAGCGCACUUGCGAACUUAUCGUUGACCCUGUUGAGCGUCCUGGUUACGUCAAAAUCAACUCCCUGUCGCGGGAGCCAUCGAAUCUGAUGGUGGAGCUACGAGCAAGGGGUGGUGAUAAUGGUCUGGAACCAGAGAUCAAGGUGGAGCCUCAGGCUUAAAGAAAUUGGGAAGUAGGCACGAUGCAAUGGGCAAAGAGAUUCAAGUUUUUAUUUGGGUCUGUAUUCAUGAUACGUUCUUAAGCUUGCUAAAAUAGCAAAAACAUUAAAACGAUGAACAUGCAAAGAAUUUGGUGGCUGGUUCAACAUCAAAAAGAAUUUGCC